AUUUGUUUUUUUCUUCACUCUAAAUGAAAAGCUACAUUGCUAUGUUCUAGUUGCUAACAUGCUGAAAAUCAAGGAGUUUUUAGAAUUUCAAGGUGUAUAAGAUAACUAUUGAUGUGAUUCAGAAGCAAGAACAUCAGCAUGUCUGGUGGAUGGAUCACAUUUUUGGCUUUGGAAUAAUCAUGGAAUUUGGUCAAAAUGUGGUUGCUUUGAAGAUCCAAAGGUAAAGGUGUCACUCUUUGGAUUACCCUUGAACCUUGAGGGACAAUUUAUUAAGCAUCACUAACUCUAAGUUCAAGGAAUUUAGUAAGGCUUUUGAAGAGUUAAAAUCAAAGUGAAAGUUGAAACAAGAAUCAUUGGUAUUAAGAUGGGUUGAAGUGGUGAUGGAGAUGAAGCUCAAAAUGUUGGCUUCUGAAAAAGUUGAGAAUUCAAAGAGGUUGACUAUAAGGCCUGAAAUCAAGGUGUGGCUUGCUAGAGCCAUUACAACUGCAAUAAUUUGGAGUAUUUUUGCUCAAAUGAUUGCUCUGAGGGAAUUGUUGGGACCAAUUCUGUUAACGGGCAUGCCUUAUUGUUUCAGUUCCCCUGUUGUGUUUCAAAUUGGUGAAAAGUCUUUGGUUCCAACCAAGGUUGUUCUGCCACCAAAAAGGAUUUACAAGAACAAUGGUUAUCUUAUGGUCUCAUGCAAUGGUGGACUCAACCAAAUGAGAGCAGCAAUAUGUGAUAUGGUUGCUAUUGCAAGACAAUUAAAUGUCACUCUCAUAGUUCCUGAGCUGGAUAAAACCUCUUUCUGGGCUGAUCCAAGUGACUUCCAAGACAUAUUUGAUGUGAAUCAUUUCAUUACAUCCUUGCGAGACGAGGUUCGGAUAUUAAAGCAACUACCAUCAAGGGUGAAGACAAGAGUUGAACAAGGACUGUCCUUCUCAAUGUCUCCUAUUAGCUGGUCUAACAUCACAUACUAUGAAAAUCAGAUCCUUCCUCUCUUGCUGAAACACAAGGUUGUGCACCUAAAUAGAACUGAUGCUCGGCUUGCGAAUAAUGGACUGCAUACCGACAUUCAGAAGCUGCGCUGCCAUGUUAAUUUCAAUGCUUUGAGGUUUACCUCCCAGAUAGAAGAGCUUGGUAGAAGGAUAGUGAGGAUUUUGAGAGAAAGAGGACCUUUCAUUGUACUUCACCUUAGAUAUGAGAUGGACAUGUUAGCCUUCUCUGGCUGUGCUCAUGGUUGUGACAUCAAGGAGGAGGAGGAACUUACAAGAAUGAGAUAUUCUUAUCCUAUGUGGAAGGAAAAGGUCAUUAAUUCUGAGCUUAAGAGGAAGGAAGGUUUAUGCCCUUUAACACCUGAGGAAAUUGCUCUAACAUUAACAGCACUAGGCAUAGAUCAUAAUGUUCAAAUUUAUAUUGCUGCUGGUGAAAUAUAUGGUGGAGAGAAAAGGAUGGCAAGUUUACUCAGAGAGUUUCCUAAUCUGGUAAGGAAGGAAACUCUGCUGCAACCUUCAGAUUUGAUGAAUUUCCAGAAUCACUCAUCACAAAUGGCUGCAUUGGAUUAUCUUGUGUCCCUGGAAAGUGAUAUAUUCAUUCCAACAUAUGAUGGCAACAUGGCCAAGGUUGUCGAAGGCCACCGCAGAUUUCUAGGAUUCAAAAAGACUAUACUACUGGAUAGAAGGCUUCUGGUAAACUUAAUAGAUCAGUACACUAAUGGUUCAUUGAGCUGGGAUGAGUUCUCCAUUGCUAUUAAGGAAGCUCAUCUCUAUAGGUUGGGAAGCCCAAAAAGAAGGAUUGCCAUUCCAGAAAGACCAAAAGAAGAAGACUACUUUUAUUCCAAUCCUCAUGAAUGUUUACAAUUGAUAGAUGAAAGUCAUGAAACAUUGGAAAGCACAUUAUCUUGAUUAACAACAUAAUCAUAAGGCAAAGGCAAUUGUUAUUGAAGGAGCUAUGUCCCUCCCUACCUUUGCUUAAUUGCUUUUAGUUCAA